GUGUUGGUUUGCCCUGAGGGGGAGAGUGGGAUCACCCCCUUAUAAUAAUGGUAGCGCCCGAGCUUCUUCCUUUCCUUUCCGAGCUGAAGCCGAGCAGCCGCCAUGAGCAUGCUCAGACUGCAGAAGAGGCUCGCCUCCAGCGUGCUGCGUUGCGGCAAGAAGAAAGUAUGGCUGGAUCCCAACGAGACCAAUGAAAUUGCCAAUGCCAACUCUCGUCAGCAAAUCCGAAAGCUGGUUAAAGAUGGUCUGAUCAUCCGCAAGCCAGUGACUGUCCACUCUCGUGCUCGCUGUCGCAAGAACACCCUUGCACGUAGAAAGGGCAGACACAUGGGUGUCGGUAAGAGAAAGGGUACGGCCAAUGCCCGUAUGCCUGAGAAACUUUCCUGGAUGAGGAGAAUGAGAAUCUUGCGUCGUCUGCUCCGUCGUUACCGUGAAUCCAAGAAGAUUGAUAGGCACAUGUACCACAACCUUUACCUGAAAGUGAAGGGUAACGUGUUCAAGAACAAACGUAUCCUCAUGGAGCACAUUCACAAACUGAAGGCAGACAAAGCUCGCAAGAAGCUGUUGGCUGAUCAGGCCGAGGCACGCAGGUCCAAGACAAAGGAGGCAAGGAAGCGCCGUGAAGAAAGACUUCAGGCCAAGAAAGAGGAGAUUAUUAAAACUUUGUCAAAGGAAGAGGAGUCCAGCAAGAAAUAAUUCACCCUGCUGUGUGUGUAUAUAUACAGUGCCUCCCUGUGUAAACUUAAUAAAAGUCCUUGAUCCAAUAA